AUGACAUUUCCUCUCCCUAAACCUCAGACCCCACAGCUUCCUCAACAUCUUUUGCGGACCAUUGACUGUGAACAAGGACCUGUCAGAGCAGUGCGCUUCAACGUGGAUGGUCAGUAUCUGCUCACCUGCGGUGCAGACAAAUCUCUGAAACUGUGGAGCGGCAGCCGAGGGACGCUGCUCAAAACUUACACUGGCCACGGAUAUGAGGUGCUGGACGCUGACGGGUCAUUCGACAACAGUAACAUUUGCACGGGCAGUUCUGACAAGACCGUAAUCCUGUGGGAUGUGGCUACGGGUCAAGUGGCUCGCAAACUACGAGGACACGCGGCGAAAGUCAACUGUGUACAGUUUAACGAGGAGGCCACUGUCAUCUUGUCUGGCUCCUUGGAUGGGACGGUGCGCUGCUGGGACACCAGGUCACGCAACAAAGAGCCCAUCCAAAUUCUAGAUGAGGCCCGGGACAGCGUCAGUAGCUUGAAGGUUUCAAAACACGAGCUGCUUACUGGGUCCGUGGAUGGUCGAGUGAGACGUUACGACCUGAGGAUGGGUCAGCUUCACGUGGACUUCCUCAACAGUCCCAUCACAUGCGUAUGCUUCAGUCAGGAUGGGCAGUGCACGCUCAGCUCCAGUUUGGACUCCACAGUCAGACUACUCGAUAAGAGUACGGGAGAAAUGCUGGGAGAGUACACGGGACACAAGAUGAAGGGAUACAAGCUGGAAUGCUGUCUGUCCAGCAAAGACACUCACGUGCUCAGCUGCUCAGAGGACGGAAACGUCUACUUCUGGGACCUGGUGGAGGGUUGUUUGUCGUUGAAGCUUCCUGUGAGCAAAGCAGUGGUGCAGUCAUUGUCCUUCCACCCUACGCAGACGCGCCUCCUCACCGCCAGCGAGAGCCGCGUACAUGUUUGGUCGGCCGAGCCAGAAGAACCUGAACAAAACGACGACGACGCCGACAGCGCCAUCCCAACGUGA